UGCAAAGCGAGUGCUCUAACCACUGAGCUACAGGACUCCACGAUGGCGGAAGAGGAGCCGGAGCUGUUCGACCGCACGCACGAGGAUCAGAACGAAGAGGUCAUGACUCCGGCCGAGCUGAUCCAGAAGCUGGAGGAGGCUUGGCUGAAUGAGAAGUUUUCCCCCGAUCUCCUGGAGAACAAGUCUGAAAUUGUGGAGUGCGUUAUGGAGCAGCUGAAUCACAUGGAGAGUAACCUGCAGCGAGCUAAGAAGGGUGACCUGAAAGUCACCAUUCACAGGAUGGAGAUUGAGAGAAUACGCUACAUCCUCAGCAGCUAUUUACGAUCACGGUUGCAAAAGAUAGAGAAAUAUUACCCUCACAUCCUGGAAAAAGAGAAGUCUCGCUCAGAUGCAGAUCCUUCUUACUUGUCUCCAGAAGAGUUUGCUUUUGCUAAGGAGUACAUGGCAAAUUGUGAGACUUGCAUGAAAAAGAUCGCUCUGAAACACAUGCCUCCCAAUUUGCAAGCUCUGGACCUCUCAAAAGCCGUUCCCAAACCCAACCUGGAUUCCUUUGUCUUUCUGCGGGUGAACGAAAGGCAGGAAAACAUCCUGGUGGAGCCAGAAACAGAUGAGCAGAGAGAGUACGCUAUCGAUUUGGAUGAAGGGUCCCAGCAUUUGAUGCGAUACAGAACCAUUGCCCCUCUCGUAGCAAGCGGUGCGGUGCAGUUGAUAUGAGUGCUGAGCGGGUGGGGAGCUGAUGGCGGUUUGAAACCGGCAGAGAUGUCCCGUGUGGUCCAAAGUACUUUAAUCGUGCAAAGUCUCUCUUUUAUAUAUUGAUAUAUAUAUUCAAGUGUCUUUUCAAUAAAGUGUGUUAUGUUUUGUA